AAACUGCCCUGCCUUCCCCGGAGUCAGGGACCGUGGGGACUCGCGCUCCCUUUCCCCGGCGCGGGGCUUCUGUGUCGCACAAUGCGUGGCUCCCGUCGGGUUGCUGUUCUUUCCAGAAUUCCCAGGCAACGCUGCCCCGAGGUGUCACCUUUGUGAGGUGUUUGUGGGGCGGGGGGAGCGCCGUCACGUGAUCCCGGGUUGAGGUGGAGUUCGGCUUUAAGGGGGCGUCUCUUCUCAGCUUCAUCAAUCUUUAGGAUCUGAGCAGGAGAAAUAUCAGCAGAUCCUUCCCCUCUCUGCUCCGUUCCAUUCCCAUCCUUCCCUCUUUAAUAAGCAAGAGCGAAAAAGACGAAUUCCAAAGAGGAUUGUUCAGUUCAAGGGAAUGAAGAAUUCAGAAUAAUUUUGGUAAAUGGAUUCCAAUAUGGGGAAUAAGAAUAAGCUGAACAGUUGACCUGCUUUGAAGAAACAUACUGUCCAAUUGUCUAAGAUAAUCUAUAAGAACCAAACCAAUCAAAAUGAAUUCAACAUUAUUUUCCCAGGUUGAAAAUCAUUCAGUCCACUCUAAUUUCUCAGAGAAGAAUGCCCACCUUUUGGCUUUUGAAAAUGGUGAUUGUCAUCUGCCCUUAGCCAUGAUAUUUACCUUAGCUCUUGCUUAUGGAGCUGUGAUCAUUCUUGGUGUCUCUGGAAACCUGGCCUUGAUCAUAAUCGUCUUGAAACAAAAAGAGAUGAGAAAUGUUACCAACAUCCUGAUUGUGAACCUUUCCUUCUCAGACUUGCUUGUUGCCAUCAUGUGUCUCCCCUUUACAUUUGUCUACACAUUAAUGGACCACUGGGUCUUUGGUGAAGCAAUGUGUAAGUUGAAUCCUUUCGUGCAAUGUGUUUCAAUCACUGUGUCCAUUUUCUCUCUGGUUCUCAUUGCUGUGGAACGACAUCAGCUGAUAAUCAACCCUCGAGGGUGGAGACCAAAUAAUAGACAUGCUUAUGUAGGUAUUGCUGUGAUUUGGGUCCUUGCUGUGGCUUCUUCUCUGCCUUUCCUGAUCUACCAAGUAUUGACCGAUGAGCCAUUUCAAAAUGUAACACUUGAUGCAUACAAAGACAAAUACGUGUGCUUUGAUCAAUUUCCAUCAGACUCUCAUCGGUUGUCUUAUACCACUCUCCUCUUGGUGCUGCAGUAUUUUGGUCCACUUUGUUUUAUAUUUAUUUGCUACUUCAAGAUAUAUAUACGCUUAAAAAGGAGAAACAACAUGAUGGACAAGAUGAGAGACAAUAAGUACAGGUCCAGUGAAACCAAAAGAAUCAAUAUCAUGCUGCUCUCCAUUGUGGUAGCAUUUGCAGUCUGCUGGCUACCUCUCACCAUCUUUAACACUGUGUUUGAUUGGAAUCAUCAGAUCAUUGCUACCUGCAACCACAAUCUGUUAUUCCUGCUCUGCCACCUCACGGCAAUGAUAUCCACUUGUGUCAACCCCAUAUUUUAUGGGUUCCUGAACAAAAAUUUCCAGAGAGACUUGCAGUUCUUCUUUAACUUUUGUGAUUUCCGGUCUCGGGAUGAUGAUUAUGAAACAAUAGCCAUGUCCACCAUGCACACAGAUGUUUCUAAGACUUCUCUGAAGCAAGCCAGCCCGGUGGCAUUUAAAAAAAUCAACAAUGAUGAUAAUGAAAAAAUCUGAAACUGCUUAUAGCCUGUGGUCCCAGAUAACAUCUGUUUAAAAACAAGCACAACCUGCAACAUACUUUGAUUACUCGUUCUCCCAAGAAAUGGGGUUGAAAUCAUUUGAAAAUGACCAAGAUUUUGUGUCUUGCUUUUUACUGCUUUUGUUAUAGUUGUCCUAAUUACAUUUGGAACAAAAGGUGUGGGCUUUGGAAUCUUCUGGCAGUAGAUUUGACCAGAUAUCUAUGAAGUGCAUUUUGUGAAUUUAGGAAUAUAAUGUAAAGACUUUUAUACUGUAUUUAUUGGAAUGAAAUUUCUUUAAAGUAUCUAUAUUAACUGACUUCAGAAGUACUUGCCAUCCGGUACUGUCAUUAGAUUGGGUCACCUUGAUUAGAUUAGAUUGUCAAUAGAUUGGGCCAUCCUUAUUUUAUGAUAGGCAUCAUUUUAGUGUGCUACAGUAGUAACAGAAUGCAAAAGCAGCAUUCAAGAGCCAAAAGAGAGUCUGAAGUCAUUCAGAAGUGGUUUGAGGUUUCUUUUUGGUUUUUGGUGUGUGUAUGUGUUUGUUUUUUUCAUCUUAAGGGAGGAUUUGAUUUGCUCCUAAGUGAUUGUCACUUAAAUGAAAACUUAAAAAUGAAUAAAAGUACAUGUUUCUCAGCCGCAAAUAUUACGGGGAAUUUGGGCACCCACAGGAAUGAAGAGACAGAGCAGCUCCCUAACUUCAAAACUAUUUUGGUACUUGACAACAAGAACAUUUCAGAGGAAUUAAUUUAAUAAUGUAAAUUAGUAAUGCUGCAAAUGGUUAAAUUAUAUUCAUUUGAACUGAUGGUCAAGAGAUUUUCCAUUCUUUACAGACUGUUCAGUGUUUGUCAAGCUUCCUGGCAUAAAUAUGUAACUCAAAAGGCAUUUCCGCUUACAAUAUAUAGAAACAAAAUGUGUUUUCCAUACAGCAGUGCCUAUAUAGUGACUGAUUUUUAACUUUCAAUAUCCAUCUUUCAAAGCAGGUAACACCAAGGUACAACAUUAAAAGAAUAUUCACCUCACCUAGCAGGGAAAUACACAAGAACUAAGAGUACUUCAUAUAGCCCAUUUUAACUUGUAUAAACUGUGUGACUUGUGGUGUCUUAUAAAUAAUGCACCGUAAAGAUUACUGAAUAGUUGUUUCAUGUUAAUGUGCCUAAUUUCAUGUAUCUUGUAAUCAUGAUUGAACCUGAGAAUCACUUGGAGAAACUAUAUUUUAAAGAACAAGACAUACUUCAAUGUAUUAUACAGAUAAAGUAUUAAAUGUGUUUGAUUUUAGAAGGGCUUUAUUAAAAUCAAUAUUGUUUUUGCUUUUUCUGAG